AUGAAUAACGAUAAAAAAAACGAAAUUACCAACCCUCUGGAGGACAUCGAACAGAAAACUCCUAACUCUCUGGAGGACAUCGAACAGAAAACUCCUAACUCUCUGGAUGAUAUCGAACAGAAAACUCCUGGAGAUAUCGAACAAGAAAUUACCAACUCUCUGGGAGAUAUCGAAAACUCCGCUGUAGACAAAUUAUUGGCUAAACAGGCCAAAAAAAACGCAAAAAGGGCACAAAAAAAAGCUGCUAAAAAUGGAACUUCUGCUGUGGCCACUGAUGACCCAGUAAAGCUUGCGGCAAAGCAAGUAGAGUUAGAGGAAAGAGUUAGAUCCUUAGUAAAUCAGUUGGCAAUUCGUGAAGCUUUGGCGUCUUCUAGUAGUACAAAUACAGAAAAGGAUUCUGGUGUUCACAAGUUCUGGAGUACUCAGCCUGUUAUUCAAAAUGAUGAUGUAGUUGAGAAAGAUGGCCCUAUCGAACCGAAUACCCCUCACGAUGAAAUCCGCAAAGAACCAUAUGGUCUGCCGAAAGAAUUCGAAUGGUCCACAAUGGAAUUGAAUAACCCGGAAGAAUUAACCGAGAUUUAUACGCUCUUGACAAAUAAUUAUGUCGAAGAUGAUGAUGCAAUGUUUCGUUUUGACUAUUCCGAAAAGUUCUUGAAAUGGGCUCUUCAACCACCUGGAUAUAAAAAGGUAUGGCACGUAGGAGUACGCGUGGCUUCUACAAAGAAGCUUGUGGCAUUCAUUAGUGGUAUCCCGGCUGAUAUUCGGAUAUAUGAAUCUCGACAGCAUUUAGUGGAAAUAAACUUCUUAUGCGUACAUAAAAAACUUCGUAACAAGAGAUUGGCCCCUGUACUUAUAAAAGAAAUCACACGUCGUUCUCACCUUGAAGGGAUUUUUCAGGCGGUAUAUACUGCAGGGGUUGUUCUUCCUAAACCAAUUUCAAGAGCAAGAUAUUAUCAUCGUUCACUCAACCCCAAAAAAUUGAUCGAUACAAAUUUUUCCCGAUUGCCCAAUAAUAUGACAUUAACACGUAUGAUUAAAAAAUACAAAGUACCUGAAGAGACAUCAACUGCUGGUUUGCGACCAAUGAAAUCGAAAGAUGUACCAAAAGUGAGAGUUCUUUUAAAUGAAUACAUGAGUAAAUUUAAUUUUGUACCUAUUUUCAAAAAUGAUGAGGAAAUAAGACAUUGGAUAUUGCCAAAGGAAGGUGUUGUUUGGUCUUAUGUUGUCGAAGCUCCAGGAAAACACAUUACCGACUUCUUUUCAUUUUAUUCUUUACCUUCCACGGUAAUCGGGCAUCCGGUUCAUAAAGCAAUUGACGCUGUAUAUCUUUUUUACUAUGCCACAAAUCAAAAAGAACACGCAGUCAAAGAAAGACUUCAGCAACUGAUGAAAGACGCAUUGAUUCUAGCAAAAUUACAAAAGAUCGAUGUUUUUAAUUGUUUGGAUUUAAUGGAAAACACACUUUUUCUUGAUGAACUGAAAUUUGGCCCUGGGGACGGCUAUCUAAAUUACUACAUGUUUAAUUGGAGAUGUAAAGACAUGGAAUCAAGCAAGGUUGGGGUUGUCAUGUUGUAA